UGUCUCAGUCAGGGUCUGAGCAGCACCCAGGGGGACCUGGCCCCGGGCUCUGUGGGGCUCCUGUCUCAGUCAGGGUCUGAGCAGCACCCAGGGGGACCUGACCCCGGGCUCUGUGGGGCUCCUGUCUCAGUCAGGGUCUGAGCAGCACCCAGUGGGACCUGGCCCCGGGCUCUGUGGGGCCCCUGUCUCAGUCAGGGUCCAUGCAUUGCCUGGCACAACAGAGGCCCUACCCUGCUCUCAGUCAAGAUUAGCUGGGCAUAGUAAGGACUGAUUUCAGUUUGGGUCUUGGGACCCUACUCUAAACGAGUGCACUGAAGUAGGUGUCUGCUUCCCUCUAGUGGUAGCUUGAUAUGAUGGGCCGUGUUAGUCUGGAUCAGCAAAAUCAAUGAGGGGUCCUUGUAAUAUUAAAGUGCCAAUAGGCCAGCCCCAGCCUCUCCGCGCAGAGAGAGUCCCUCACAGUGGCAAGGUGGUGAUCUGAAAAGGGGGCCAGCCGAAUGCUGGAGGAGUGGGCCCGUGAAAGGUGGAGACGUGACAAGUAAAUGCGGUCCAGCCGGGAGUGGCACCUCUGUGUGUCUAUAAACAAGAUUGUUGAUGAGAUUUAGUUUCUGGCUAAAUUGUGCCCGCCACCCUCAUGGGUUAAGUCUGCCCGGGGGGUGCAGAGAGGAGGGUUAGCUGCUAAGAGCCACUGCACAGGAUGUAGCGCUGGUUUGCGAGGAUCUGUCCAUGCAAGCAGCUCGCUGUUAGGGCUCCAGUGCACACACCACGUGCUUGUGCUGCAAACUUGUUCAGGGCCUUGGGUUAAGGGGAGAGGAAAGGUUUGCAAAGGUAGCUGGGGGGUGCUGGGAUGGAGGCACUGGCCUGGGAUUGUGGAAGCUGGUUUCAUCCUGCUUAGGGAAAAAAGGUGCUGGCUUUCUGUCUCUGGCUGUGGGAGAGGAGGGGAUACAGUAGCUAAAGCAGGGGGGCUGGAAGUCAGGACUCCUGGGUUUCAUCCCCAGCUCAGGGUGGGGAGCGGUGUCUAGGGUUUCAGAGGUUAAGGGCAGACAGCAUCAUUAGAUCAUCUAGUCUGACCUUCUGAAUAUCCCAGGACAUUAAACUUCACCCAGACAGUCGUAGGUUGAGCCCAAUGACUUUAGCAUUUCCACCUCGAGCUUAAGGCAGUGGAGGGCAAACUAUGGCCCGCGGCACGGAUCCAGCCUGCCAGCCAUUUUAAGCCGGUCCUUGAGUUCCUGCUGGGGAGUGAGGUCUGGGGCUUGCCUCGCUCUGGCAUUCCAGCUGGGGAGCAGAGUCGGGGGCUACAUCAUGCAGCUCCCGGAAGCCACGGCACAGCACCCCUCCAGUUCCUAUGUGCACCAGUGGCCCCCUCUGGCACUUCAAUGGGAGCUGCAAGGGCGGUGCCUGCCGACCAGACAGCGUGCAGAGGGGGCUGCGCCUCCACAUAGGAGCCGGAGACGGGACAUGGCACUGCUUCCGGGAGCCGCUUGAGGUAAGACCAUGAUGAGCACAACAGCCGCCUCACGCCUCAUGCUGCAGAGUAGAGCAAAAGGUCCCUGCCACUGUGACCGGGGGGGUGGGAAGAGAAUUCCUGCCCGCUGCCACAUCAGGUGAUCAGCUGGACCCUGAACAAGACUCACCCUACAGCCAUCUACAACAGAGAAACGUCAGAGCGCAGGCCCCAUUACCUGUUAUCCCUACUCCAGCUGUAGGUGAUCCCUGAUGCUUCAGAGGAAAGCCAAAAAGCACCCCCAUCCCCGAUUGCAGUUGUGCCUCCACGAGUUGGGUGCCUCCAUUGUUGUAAGGAUCUGCGUCCAAAUGCCUCCCGAGCCCUGUACAGUCCCUGCGCGCUCUACUCACCAUGCCCCUGGAGGAGUUUGUGGCUGGCUGGAUUUCAGGAGCUGUGGGUCUGGCCUUGGGGCACCCAGUGGACACAGUGAAGGUGCGGCUGCAGACCCAGUCUGGCUAUCGGGGGAUCCUGGAUUGCGUAAUCAAAACGUACCGCAAUGAAACGGUCCUAGGCUUCUUUAAGGGGAUGAGUUUCCCACUGCUGAGCGUGGCCCUGGUUAACUCAGUGAUGUUUGGGGCCUACAGCAAUGCCCUGCUGUACCUGAGCACCACCCAUCACCACGACCGCCACACCAACCCUCCCAGCUACGCCCACGUCCUCACCGCUGGCAGCUUCUCCGGCCUGAUGCAGGCUGUGGUCCUGGCUCCUGUUGACCUGAUCAAAGUUCGGCUACAGAACCAGCUUCACCCCUAUGGACUGAGGAGUCUAGCGGGGGCCUCUGGAGCCCAGUACCGGGGCCCAGUGCACUGCGGUGCCAGCAUAUUCCGCGAGGAGGGGGUCAUGGGCCUGUUCCGGGGCACCCAGGCCCUGGUGCUGCGAGAUACACCCACUUUGGCCAUCUACUUCCUCACUUACACCAGCCUCUGCCAGGCCAUGACAGCGCAGGGGCGAGAACCAGGGCCAGUGACAGUUCUCGUAGCUGGGGGCUGUGCUGGCACCGUCUCCUGGGUCUUAGCCACGCCCCUGGACGUGAUCAAGGCCCGGCUCCAGAUGGACGGGGUGAAGGGAGUGUCCUACUGCGGGGUCUGGGAUUGCAUCCGCAUCAGUGUUCGGCGUGAUGGACCCCAGGUGUUCCUAAAGGGCCUUACCCUGAACAUUAUCCGUGCCUUCCCUGUCAACGCGGUGACCUUCCUGAGCUACGAGAACAUCCUGAAACUCAUCUGCUGAGCCCCACCCUGCUCCCUGCAGCAUCAUGCAUUGAGGGGCCAGCGCUGACUGCCAGAGGAAAGUGCCCCCAACUGAACCCCCCUGCCCAGCUCUCUGUAACAGAGCGCCCCCUAGCAUUGUGCUGGGGAGAGAGAUAGCUCAGUGGUUUGGCAUUGGCCUGCUAAACCCAGGGUUGUGAGUUCAAUCCUUGAGGGGGCCAUUUAGGGAACUGGGGUAAAAGUCUGUCUGGGGAUUGGUCCUGCUUUGAGCAGGAGGUUGGACUAGAUGACCUCCUGAGGUCCCUUCCAACCCUGAUAUUCUAUGAUUCUAUGGAGGUCAACACCGCCUGCGAGAGGAAGGUAGGAUUACCCCUCCUACAAUCUAUCCCACAAGGUUUGGAUCUAGGACACAGCCUAAUGUCCUGAGUGACAUUGGUUCUCCCCACUUUCCAUGCAUCUUAGCACCUUGGGGAGAGGAACUGCCUGGUGUAGCAGUAGUGGGGGAGGGGGUAGUGACCUGAGAGCUGGGGAUGAAAUAGAGGGAAAGAAAACUGAAGAGCUGGUCUGUCGGGGGGUGGUCAUGCUGCUAAAAAGCACAGAGCCACGAGUUAGGCCUCCUAGGUUCUAUGCCAGAUCUAGGAUUACAGUGGGAUUUG